AUGUUUCAGUUGAUUCUUGUGUUGGUGCUGAAGGGCUACGACUGGACGCUGGUGCCCAUGCCGGUGCGGGUGAACGGCUCCAGCAAGAACAAGCCGCACGUCAAGCGGCCCAUGAACGCCUUCAUGGUGUGGGCGCAGGCGGCGCGCAGGAAGCUGGCCGACCAGUACCCGCAUCUGCACAACGCCGAGCUCAGCAAGACGCUGGGCAAGCUCUGGAGGCUGCUGAACGAGAGCGAGAAGCGCCCUUUCGUGGAGGAGGCCGAGCGGCUGCGGGUGCAGCACAAAAAGGACCAUCCCGACUACAAGUACCAGCCCCGGAGGAGGAAGUCCGUGAAGAAUGGGCAGGCAGAGCAGGAGGAGGGGGCCGAGCAAACCCACAUCUCCCCCAACGCCAUUUUCAAGGCCCUGCAGGCCGAUUCGCCUCAGUCUUCCUCCAGCAUGAGCGAGGUUCAUUCUCCGGGAGAGCACUCUGGGCAGUCCCAGGGGCCCCCGACCCCCCCGACCACCCCCAAAACGGACGUCCAGCCGGGUAAGCAGGACCUGAAGCGAGAAGGGCGCCCGUUGCAGGAAGGAGGAAGACAGCCGCCCCACAUUGACUUCCGAGACGUGGACAUCGGGGAGCUCAGCAGCGACGUCAUCUCCAACAUCGAGACCUUUGACGUCAACGAGUUUGACCAGUACCUGCCGCCCAACGGUCACCCUGGCGUCCCGGCCACACACGGGCAAGCCGGGCCAGUCACCUACAGCGGGAGCUACGGGAUCAGCAGCACGGCCGCCACUCCCGCGGGGGCGGGGCACGUGUGGCUGUCCAAGCAACAGCCGCAGCCACCGCCGCAGGCCCCGCCCCCACCGCAGCACACGCUGACCCCCCUGAGCAGCGAGCCAGGCCAGGCCCAGCAGAGGACACACAUAAAGACCGAGCAACUCAGCCCCAGCCAUUACAGCGAGCAGCAACAGCAUUCCCCUCAGCAGCUCAACUACAGCUCCUUCAACCUCCAGCACUACAGCUCCUCCUACCCGACCAUCACCCGCUCACAGUACGACUACACCGACCACCAGAGCUCCAACUCCUACUACAGCCACGCUGCCGGCCAGAGCACCAGCCUCUAUUCCACCUUCACGUACAUGAGCCCCACCCAACGGCCCAUGUACACGCCCAUUGCAGACACUACCGGGGUCCCUUCCAUCCCCCAGACCCACAGCCCACAACACUGGGAACAGCCUGUCUACACACAGCUGACUCGGCCCUAAAGGCAGCCACCGCCACAAAAAGUGAGAGAGAAACAAGACUGUCUCCAACUUUUGUGUGUGUGUUUUUUUUAAAAAGACACUCGUGCUCAAGGUGAUGAAAAAGAAGAAACCACGUCGGGCCUUCUGCACUACAGCUCCCAUCAGGGUGUGGCCAGACCACUCUGCUGAGAACCAGCAAAACUCGGUACAGACAUUGCAUAGACUGGACUUUAACCUGGAUGGGGGGGGCGAGAGAUGAGCUUCCUCACCGGCCAACUCGUCUGCCAGUGAUUGGACUUUUGUAAUUAUUUUUUAGCAGUACUGAAAAGCGAGAAAAAAAAAAGGAAAAAAAUACCCAGAGUCCUCUGUGAGGAAUACUCUCUAUUUUAAAUUUUUUUUUAGUAUGUACUGUGUAUGAUUCGUUACCAAUCUGAGGGGAUUUAUACGUAUUUUUAGAGGGUUUUUUUUAAUGCUCUUAUUUUUCCGACCGCUAAAACGACACUUAGUGGAGCAAUCCUUGCAGUCAGAGGUAUUUUUGUAUAGAUUAAAAUAUUUUUUUCUUUAAAGAAAAAUAAAAUAAAACCGUGCACAUUCAUUAGGAACAACAAUGGCUAAACGGUGAUCAGCAUCUGGCUAAGUUUUGGUCAGCGGAGCAACCUAGGAGACGCAAGGGGUGAAAAGCCAAAUAGACUUUAUUUUUCUAACGUAGAGAAGGGCAGGAGGAAAAUGUGUUAGUUUUAUUUUUUCAAAGAUCGUGAGCCUUAAAGCAGAGCGCUGUUGAAAAGCCUUAAUAGCAGCUAGGUUUUUUCCCCUCCCGGAGAGUCUUCAGUUGCUACCCUCCCAUGCAAAAAGAAAAACAGAGCCCAAAAGGGAGGUAGAUCUGUUUUCGGGGAAAAUGAACGUCUGACCCUUUUCCCAACAAUCAGCAACAGAUUACGAUGCCCCAACCAGCAUCACCCUCCUCAGCUUCCUGCUUUGGACACCAUGUGCCUGACAGAUGCUGGAGACCCCUUGCAUCACCUCCCCAGCCCUUGAAUGGGUUUUGGAUCAGGCCCUGAUGUUAGCACUCAAAGCUCUUUAAAGGCCCCUUAUUGGCUUCAAUGGACUUUGAAUGAAACCCGGAGGGCGCAUUGGAAACAUCAGACACGUUUUAAAUUAUUUAUUUUGUGAGAAAUGCCAUUCUAAUCCAGAUAUUUUUUUUUUUAAUCUCCCUUCCAUUUUUUAACUCCUUUAAAAACAAUAGAUUUGUUGGAGUCUUUUUUGGAGGGUACGAUGCCUAUUAAAUUAUGGUCUAAACUGUAACCAGUUCUUUAUUUAUCUCUAAUUCCUUUGUAUUAUUAUUAUUAUUAUUAUUUGGAAUCUGUGUCCAAGGUUUGUACAAACGCGGUCUCUUCCUUUUUUUUUUUUUCUUUAAGGAUAAACUGGAAUUUUGUUUUGU